GUCGCGCGCAGCCGGACCCACGCACGCAGUUGCGCCGCGGCCACGCGCAGGGCCGGUCCACGCAUCAUGGAGCUAGGGCUCGCGGGGCGCAGGGCGCUCGUCACUGGGGCGGGCAAAGGCAUCGGGCGCAGCACUGCCCAAGCGCUGCACGCGGCGGGUGCACAAGUGGUGGCCGUGAGCCGGACCCAGGCCGACCUGGACAGCCUGGUCCGCGAGUGUCCCGGGGUAGAGCCCGUGUGUGUGGACCUGGGUGACUGGGAGGCCACGGAGCGGGCGCUGGGCGGCGUGGGCCCUGUGGACCUGCUGGUGAACAAUGCCGGCGUGGCGCUGCUGCAGCCCUUCCUGGAGGUCACCAAGGAGGCGUGUGACACGUCUUUUGCCGUGAACAUUCGGGCUGUCAUCCAGGUGUCCCAGAUCGUGGCGCGAGGCUUAAUAGCUCGGGGAGUCCCGGGGUCCAUCGUGAAUGUCUCUAGCCAGGCCUCCCAGCGCGCACUGACUAACCACAGCGUCUACUGCUCCACCAAGGGUGCCUUGGACAUGCUGACCAAGGCGAUGGCUCUGGAGCUUGGGCCACACAAGAUCCGUGUGAAUGCAGUCAACCCCACAGUGGUGAUGACACCCAUGGGCCAGGCCAACUGGAGUGACACCCAGAAGGCCAAGACCAUGCUGGACCGCAUCCCACUUGGCAGGUUUGCGGAGGUGGAGAAUGUGGUGGAUACCAUCCUCUUCCUGCUGAGUGACCGGAGCAGCAUGACCACAGGCUCCACUGUGCCAGUGGAUGGGGGCUUCCUGGCUACCUGAGCCCCCUCUACCCACACAUACACCUGUGUUCCACUCUGAGCCUACUUUUACCCUCCCCCUUCCCCAUCCCUCCAAUAAACAUUUUUCUGCCCAG